AUGGGCCACGGACACGAGGUCUUUGACGCAGAACUAGUGGGAAUGUUACUUGGCGCACAGAAUGCUAUUGAUCGCCUCAGAUCGACAAGGCCAGGCCCUGGGCAAGCCCUUGUUCUUAGGGCUCACAGGGCAGCUGAGAAACUAGCCUUGAGAGGCCAGCCAGUCACAAUACAAUGGGUCCCAGGCCACUCAGGGAUUGAAGGGAAUGAGCAGGCUGAUCAAGCUGCUAAACGUGCAGCUAGUAAACAAACCGCGCCUGGUUUUGAGCACCUAUCUCUGGCGCACGUUAGAAGGGCUUGCACGGAAGCAAGGAGAGCUGCAGUAUCUGAAUGGGCCCAAAUCAAUGCUGUACAAGGCAGGCAUAGAGACGGACGUGUCUACAAGAUGCCUCGAGGUUGGAACCUUGACCCAGUGGCAGGAAAAGCUCCAAAAAGAGUGGCUAGUCGUUACUACCAGUUAAAGACAGGACAUGCUCCAAUUGGCACCUAUCUAUACCGGAUAGGCCAACGGGAAUCGCCUGAGUGUCAGGCCUGCAAGGAACCUCAUGAGACAGUAAGGCAUGUACUCUUUGAGUGCCGUGGACGUCGUGCAGGACGAAGAACUCUCUAUCAAGCCCUCAAAAAAGCAGGCGUGCCACUGCCUACAGCGGCUGAGGAAGACCCCGAGGCUAGGCUAUUUGCUGAGCCUAGGGCGACGCAGGGUUUGCUGCAAUUCGUGGCUGAAGCCAACCUAUUCAAUGAUAAUGAGCGGACAGCCAGAGAGGCUGAGAUUAGUGAUGUGUGGGGAUGGGAUACGUUGGAGGAAGGUGGCCUAGGUGUCACAUUGGAGGAUGGGUAG